AUGAUCACAUUAGAUGUGGCCGCUGCCUCAGCAGCACUUGAAGCAAAAGUCAUCACCGAUUUGCGUGAUGAAAUUGCAAAGGCUAUGGCGAGUGCAAAUGGUGAUAUUAAUGCACAAUCAGAGGAAUUUAGCAAAUUAUUUAAUGCACGUUGGCCUGCUGAGAAUUCAGAUGAAUUCUUACAGCAAUUUGUCAAAUUCAGCUUUGGCAAAGCUCCAAGCAAUGUUUCGCAAGAGAAGGGCAAGGGAAAGGCGAAUGAUGAAGCAGUUGCUUCACCAGCCCCCGCAAAUGAGCAUGUUACUCUGCAGGCGGUCCUGCACACCGCAGAUGACACCAUCAAAGUCGAAGAUGCAGAUGCCAUUGCCCCAACACCACUCAUUCCCUCCCCUUCAGCAAGUUCAGCAAUCCCAGCAAUCGAUCGCCGCCCAACCCCCGGGCUACAUCUACCAGCAAAGUCAACCCAGCAACCUUCACAGCCGGUCUUUGCAAUUUCCCACCUUGCCACCCACUCCAGGCAAAUCGACACACGCAAUGUUCCAGCGUAUGGUCGAAUCUUGAAGCAACACAAUGCAUUCCCUCAUUGCGGGGGUAGUGGCAUCACCAAGCCCAUCGGGGAGCAAAAAAGUGUCAAUUACAUCGUUGACAUGCACCCUGACAUGCAACUUCACUACUGUUUUUUGCAACUCAAGCGUGUCGACUACCCAAAGGCAUGCAUCCUAUGGCCUCAGCCAUAUGAUGGAGUUGACACGAGCAACGUCGAUGCACGUAUGGAAUUCGUGCAUGUUGAGCAAUUUUUGGACUGGCUGCAAGAUCAAUACCUUCCCGCACACCUCAACAUCCACGAUGAAUACCUCAAAUUCGCAAGGGAUCGUGCACAUCUUGAUAGUGCCAACAUAGCAAGCAAUGGAGCAAUGAUGAGCGCAAGACAAAAUGCGUCUGCGGGCCCAUCCAGAGCAAUGACUAACGAGAAGCGUUCGUGGGAUGAUCGCAAUGAGGGGUUCUAUCUAGAUAGGAAGAAGCGGAGUUAUUGA